CACAAAACCAUCUUCUGGAUGACUAUUGAAUAUUCACCAUGGCUUCAGACUUGAUCAAAAUACCAAAAUGUAUGGAUUAUGAUGAUCUUGCAUGGGAGAGAUGCGAGAAUCUAUUUGAACCUUGGAAGAACAAAAUUUUCGAUCGGGAAGUACUUCGAGAAAUCGGAGCAACUAUAGAUAAGUAUCGGGGAGGUGUCCCUGAUGAACUUUUUGCUCCUAAAAGGGGAGCCUUUAAUACUUGGAUUCGAAUGAAAUUCAAAGAUGGGGGUUCAGCGGUAAUCAGGUUUCCAUGCCCUGGCGCUUCGGUAUUUCCAGAAGAAAAAGUCAAGCGUGAAAUAGCUGUGAUGCGGUUCCUUGAGCAUUUUACCAACAUUCGUGUGCCUCACAUCUUACACUCUGGAAUGACUGCGGAAAGUCCAUGUGGUCUAGGGCCAUUUAUUAUCAUGGAAUAUAUUGAUCAUGACUAUGACUUCAUUGAUGCUCUUAACAUACCUGGUCGUUCGCGCCAAGAGAGGCCAAUUCUGAACCCGGACAUUUCAUCAGAAAGACUCGAACUGGUUUAUCGUCAAAUGGCCGAUAUUUUACUACAGUUAUCUAGUCAUUGUUUCUCAGAAAUUGGCUGUAUUUCUAAAGCCAAUGAAGAUGAUGAAUUUGAUGACAAAUGGGUGGUAAAACACCGCCCACUGACGUUUGAUAUGAACGAAUUGGUCCAACUUGGAGGCUUUCCAGCAAAGUUGCUUCCCCAGCAUCCAUUUACAACCGCCUCAUCAUAUUAUGAGUCCCUUGCUGAAAUGCAUCUAGCUCAUUUGUCUUCUCAGCGAAACGACGCAAUUGAGUCUGCUGAAGAUUGCCGACAAAAGUACAUUGCGAGGUGUCUAUUUCGCAAGAUCACCCGCGAAUAUCAGCUUUGCGGAGACGACUCAGGGCCAUUCAAGCUUUUUUGCGACGACUUUCGACCGGGAAAUGUCCUUGCAAAUGCGGAAUUUCAGAUGACAGGGGCACUUGACUGGGAAUUUACGUAUGCUGCACCGACGGGCUUUGCGUACAGCCCGCCAUUUUGGCUAAUCCUUGAGCUUCCAGAACAUUGGGCCAAUGGCUUGGAUGACUGGAUACAAAACUACGAAAAAGUCCUGCCGGUGUUUUUGAGAAUACUGAGGGAGAGAGAGCAGGCCGCUAUCGAUCGACAUAUACUUAAGGACACCGAUCGCUUAUCAGAGCCUAGAAAGAGCUGGGCAUUUGAUAUGAUAUACUGGGCUAAAAUAGACCGGAGAUUCUUUGGUGAUGGAAAUCUGGAAGAUCGUCUGCAGCUUUUGACCCAAGAAGAAAGGGACAAUAUGGAUGCUUUCAUUCAGAGAAAGUUGAGGGAGAAGAAAGAACGCAUUUACAUUGGUGAGUGA